AUGAGCAAUGCUGGCAAUGUUGUACGGGGUUCCAAGCUACCGGCUUCCCUUCAUUUGGCACCAUGGCAUCGGCGCCCCCAACAUACCGCUGGCGCGAGCGGUAGCCGUUCUUCCAAACCCACCGAACAGUCCGGCAAAUUCACAACACCUCUUCUGGAUUCUUGUCCAAAACUACCAUUCCAUUUCGAGACCGGCUUUGCGCUAUACGCGAAACGAACUCCGAGGCCGUUUCCCCCGCCAUUCCUAUCUCCUCCGUCGGGCUCAUUCUCGGACCCCCUUAGCACCCAUCAUCAAAGUCGCGACAAGCGAGCUUUUGUAGAUGGCGAGCUUAUUAACGGGUGGACGAAUGGCGAUGAUGCGGUCUAUGCUAGCGAAUAUUUCAUCUGCGCCAAUGACGGAGUUGGUGCUUGGUCAGCUAGACCAAGAGGUCAUGCAGGUUUGUGGUCAAGGUUGAUACUACAUUUCUGGGUGGCGGCGAUGCAGGAAGAUAUUGUAAAGCCGCGACCGCUCGACCAACCAUACCGCCCAGAUCCCAUACGCUACUUGCAGCAUGCGUACGAGCGCACGGUCGAAGCAACCUCCGGCCCUAACGACUGUCUUGGAACUACGACAGCCACCGGGGCGCAGCUCUUUUACAAGGCUGACGCCAAUAACCCGGCGUCAUCCGUAACACCGCUCCUUUACGUUACGAAUCUUGGCGACUCCCAGGUCAUGGUGGUACGGCCGAAGACCCAGGAGAUGAUUUAUAAGUCGGACGAGCAAUGGCAUUGGUUCGAUUGCCCGAGACAGCUCGGAACGAACAGCCCAGAUACGCCGACGGAGAACGCGGUCUUAGACGCAGUGGAUCUUCAAGAAGGCGACGUCGUGCUAGCUAUGACGGACGGCGUAAUCGAUAAUCUUUGGGCGCACGAAAUCGUGGAAAACGUAUCCAAGAGCGUUAAGCGAUGGGAGGCUGGAGAAGGGGGCCAAGCAAGCGGCCCUCGCAAAGACGGGGCAAAUGGUGGGAUGACAUUCGUCGCCCAAGAACUCCUCAAAGCUGCAAAAUAUAUCGCGUUAGACCCCUUUGCCGAGAGCCCUUUCAUGGAGCAUGCUAUCGAGGAGGGGUUAGCUAGCGAAGGAGGCAAACCCGACGAUAUUAGCGUCGUAGCAGCCCUGUCAAAAAUGCCUCGCGCUAAACGGUCCAAACAAUAUCGAAAGCUCAUGGAGCAAUUCUCCAUGGGCUUCGGAUUUCGAACACCGUAUCAGGUUCUUGUUGACGCCGACUUCCUCGCCGAAGCCAACAAAUGCAAGAUGGACUUGGUACGCCGAUUGGAGGAUACUGUACAUGGUGAAGUCAAGCUAAUGAUCACCCAAUGUUCAAUGCGACAUCUCUACGAGCGGAAAUCCGAACCCGGAGUAGAAGCAGCUAUUGAACAGGCGAAAACUCAAUUCGAGCGACGACGAUGCGGUCACCAUCCCGACGAGUAUCCGAAACCGUUAAGCGCCCUUGAGUGUAUUCAGUCGGUAGUAGAUCCAAAGGACAACUCCCUGAACAAACAUCGCUACGUCUGCGCCAUCAACGACGAUGCUGUCAGAGCAAGCAUCCGGCAAGUUGCAGGAACGCCGCUGUUGUUCAUAAGGAGAUCGGUUAUGAUCAUGGAGCCAAUGGCAAUAGUGAGCGCGAAGAUCAGAUCAAAGGAUGAGAAGAGCAAAUUCAGGGCAGAGCUAAAGACCCCAGCCGGCAAGAGAAAGAGGGGCGAUGAUAGCGACGACAGUGACCAGGAUGAAGAUGAGAAGCAGGCUACAGAGAAAUCCACGGAAGGCGAGAAGGCUAAGAAGAAAAAGAAGAAGAGCUACGGCCGCAAAGAACCGAAUCCAUUGGCGGUGAAGAAGAAGAAGAAGCCAAAGUUAACAUCAGAUGGUCAGCAUUCAGAAGCGCCUAAAGCGAACGAGGCGAACGAGGCAGCUGCAACAGAGACGGGUCAGACAAAAGCUUCUAGAAGAAGGCGCAGAAGAAAGCACAAGGCCGCUGGUGUUUCUACAACUGAGGAGCCUCCUGUUGCGCCUAAUCCUGCUAAUGCUGAGGAGUAA